AUGUGGUCAAUAUUUCUAUGGUUAUAGAAAGCUUCGAAUGUGGUUCAUAGUUGGUGCAAGGACAGGGACAGGAAGGGAAGAUGGCGAACAUUAGCGAUGAAAAGGCAUCAUUAAUAAAAUCGUUGUAUAAGAUUGAAGGCGUUAAAUUUGGCGACUUUACGUUAAAAAGUGGCAUCCAGUCGCCUAUAUAUUUUGAUCUCAGAGUCAUUGUUUCCUUCCCAAAUUUGAUGGCAAAAGUAAGCGAGCUUUUAUGGCACGCAGCCCAAGAACAAGGUGCGGAAUAUUCCAAGGUUUGCGGCGUUCCAUACACAGCACUUCCACUUGCCACAUGCAUUUCUGUCAGUCACGAAAUCCCUAUGUUGAUUCGGAGAAAGGAGGCAAAGGAUUACGGGACAAAGAAAAUGAUUGAAGGGAAAUAUGAACCUGGAGAAAAAUGUCUGAUAAUCGAAGACGUUGUCACUAGUGGUGGCAGUGUGUUGGAAACGGCCAAAAGUUUGCAAGAUGUAGGUCUGACAAUAACUGAUGCGGUGGUCUUGCUCAACAGAGAGCAAGGUGGUCUUGAAAUGUUGAAACAAAAUGGAAUCAAGUUGCACUAUGUUUUGACAGUAAGUGAGGUCUUGAAAGUGCUAGAGCAAGAUGGUUCGCUCACUAAAGAAGUUGUACAGAGUGUUCAAGAUUUCAUUGCUGGAAACAUGUGUAAAAUUGAUAGCAGAACAGACUCCUCAAAGGCUGGUGAAACUGACAAGAAAGUAAAGAGAAUGAGAUAUGAGGAGAGAGAAAAGCAAGCAGUGCACAAGACGGCCUGCAAAUUGUGGAAAAUUAUGGCAUCCAAACAAACUAAUUUAGCAUUAUCAGCUGAUGUUACCAAAUGUGCAAAGGUCUUAGAACUUGCAGAUGCAAUUGGCCCCUACAUAUGUAUUCUUAAGACCCAUGUUGAUAUUUUGGAAGACUUCAGUCAAGAAUUUGUCACAAAACUCAAAACCAUUGCCCAGAAACACAACUUUCUAAUUUUUGAAGACAGGAAGUUUGCUGAUAUAGGUAACACAGUGAUGCAUCAGUUGGCACAUGGCAUUUACAAAAUUGCUGACUGGGCAGACAUUGUCAAUGCUCACAUUCUGCCUGGAGAGGGUAUUAUCACUGGCUUGAAAAGUGCUGCCAAAUCAAAAGAUCUUGGCUGUGUAUUAAUUGCCCAGAUGAGUUCGAAAGGAAAUUUUGCUGUUGGUGAUUAUACAAAACACAAUGUACAGCUUGCACAGGAGCAUGAGGAUUUUGUUUUUGGCUUUAUUAGCACAUCUGCUGUAACUGACAACCCUAAGUUUGUCCACUUAACGCCUGGUGUGAACUUAGGCUCCUCUGAAGAUUCUCAUGGGCAGCAGUAUAAUACACCAUCAAAUGUGAUAAUAAACAAAGGCUCUGACAUCAUAAUUGUUGGCAGAGGGAUUUAUGAGGCCAAAGAUCCUGUAGAGAGUGCAAAAGCAUACAGAAAAGAAGGGUACAAUGCCUACCUCAAAUCCCUGGAGUAAUCAUAUGACUGAUUUCUCUACUCAAGACCGCAAGAUAAACAAAUAUCAUACAUUUUUUACUGAUUUUUCUAUGUACAUUUAUGUUGUGUAAUUUGUUAUAUGAAGUAA